CUCCGCACGGGGCAGGGCGAUGCACAAGCCCAUGGAGAAGUCCCAAAACUUCCGCAUCGAAGCGCUCCUGGCCGAAGAGCCGGCUCGGAGCGCCUCCCCUCCGGGGCUGAGCCCCGGGAGCCCCGCGGCGAGCCCCGGCCCGGCCGGGCGCUCCGACACCCCCUCACCGCGGGCGCUCCCGGCCGCUGCGCCCCUCGCCCCGGCCGGCUUCGUCCCCAAGCCCGGCUUGCUGCAUCUCUCUGGCCCCGGGCUCAGCGCCCUGCCUGCCCUCUACCCGCCCGCCGUGUACCCGCUCCCGACCCUGGGGGGCCAGCACCCCGCGUUCGCCUACACCGGCAUCCCGCACCUGCCGCCGCCCGGCGCAGAGCACCUGAAGGCGGCCGUGGCCGGCUCCUUCCCGCUGGAGCACUGGAUCCGAGCUGGGAUGCUGGUGCCGAGGCUCUCUGACUUCAAUGCUGCCCCACAAUCUGGUUUGAUGGGGAAAUGCCGUCGGCCCCGCACAGCAUUCACCAGCCAGCAGCUCCUGGAGCUGGAGAACCAGUUCAAGCUCAACAAGUAUCUGUCCAGACCCAAGCGCUUUGAGGUGGCCACGUCGCUGAUGCUCACUGAGACACAGGUGAAGAUCUGGUUCCAGAACCGCCGCAUGAAGUGGAAGCGGAGUCGCAAGGCCAAGGAGCAGGGAGCUCAGGUGGAGGCUGAGAAGCAACGAGGGCUCAGCAAAACCUGUGAGAAGUUGCUGCCCGGCGAGCCCCAGGGACAAGCUGCUGAAAGCCCCGAGUUCAUGGGGCACAGCCCUGACUCGGGCUGCCUGCACUGCAGCACCACCGAGCUGAGCUAUGGUCCGGACUCGUCUUGCUCGGGGGGCGAGGAAGAGGAGGAGGACGACAUGGGUGCCACAGAGAGGAAGAUUGGCUCUGUGUUGUGAAAGGCGAAUGGAGCCAGCUUGGGAGAGGGGCCAGGCUGUGUUGUGGGGGGAGUCUCUUUGCUGGCAGACACAGACUGUGCCUGGAAGGAGCAGGGGGCUGCAGGGCACCUGCCACCCUUUAACUUAUAUGUGUUUGGAUCCUAUUUAACUUGUAAUUAUUCCUCUGUGUGUAUCUGGAGGAGUCCCCAGAUCCCUCCCCUAUAAAGCUGUUAUCUGGAUGCCUGUGCUUUUCCUUAGGGCACGGGAAAAUCCCCUGUCCUGCUACUGUGCUGUCCUACCAGGUCUCUGGGGAAAAGGGUGAGGAAAGCAAACUUGAAUAGCUGGCAGCCUGCUGGCACAGCUGGAAAACAGAGACCCGGACACUUCUUUGACUGCACUGCUACUUUCCUACAGAUUUGACAGUGCCUGGAGCAGCACAUCCCAGUGUGGUGCCAGCUUGUCCUUCCCCUUGGUGGCAUGAAGAGCUGGGAAGGAUGCCCAGGUUGCAUGCCAGCCUGCCUUGCCUCCUCCUGCACCAGUUGCAUCCCUGGUAGGGUCUGUGCUUUGCAGGGCAAAAUUGUCCUGUGAAGCAAAGCUGAUUUCCAUGCUGCAAUUAGCCUGGUUGCAUUGGUGUGGCAUUUCCCCAAGUAAGUGGGGGUGAAGUGAGGCAGGAAAGUGCUCAGGCUGCAAAGGCUCAACGCUGUGGUGAGCUCCCCUUUUCCCAUGGUGAUGCUUAACCUAUCUAAGUUCCUUUCUGGGCUUGUUUCAUUAUGCUUUUGGGAUCUUGCUCACUCUGACUGGUCUGAAAUCAGCCUUUGGUAGCAGGAGGAUGACUGACACUCUCUACCACUUCCCUAGAAACACUAAGGUUAAGCACUGAGUCCCCUUAAGUAAGCAGGCUGCCCAUGUCCUCACAGGAUGCUGGAGAGUUCUGGAAGGCCCUAUAGAUCUCCCAUGCUUUCUGUGCACUUACUGGGUCUCCCCUUGGGGUGCUGAGAUGGCCGUGAAGGCAGAGGGGCCAGCCCGAGGGGGCAGCCCUGCUUCACCACUCCAGUGCACUGCAGUAGAGCUGCAGGGGUGGAGCAGGCUGGGCCGGGGUGGGUGACCCAUUCCCAGACAGACCAUGAAGCUCCUCCUGCUGAAGUGGAACAAGUCCCUGUGGAAUCCUGGGUCGUCUCUGGCAGCCAGUGGUGGAAGGGACGGGUUAGCGUUGGUGUGGGGCUGUCAUACAUCGCAAGGCUGGGAAAAGCCUGUCAGUGUCUGGAGGGCAGCACCCUGGGCAGGGGGACAGAGGGGUGAGCAGGGGAAGCAGGUGACAGGAGAGAGGAGCAUGGAGACAGACUGACAGAUGGAUGACGGUCCUGUGCGGGGGGACAGUGACCCACAGUGGCUGCUGGCAGCUCAGCAGUUUACCCCUGGGGACAUGGCAUCCUCACUGCCCAGGUUCCCUCUCCCUAGUCAGUCCAUCUCAAGACAUGCAGGUGUCCAGACCCCUGGAACUGCACGGUGGGGACCUCUGGUUCUGGGGAGGCGGCAGCCCUUGCUCCAAAUGAGUAGAUAUGAGCCAGGGUAGGAGCAGGUGCCAGGAGCCUGCUGUGGUUGGUGUAACGAGGGGCAAGAGAGAAAUAAAUGUGGUGUGGGGGGGACAAAAUACAAGGAAAGGAGCAAGGGAUGGGGAAGCAUGAAAGGAUGGUGCCUAAUUCCCUGCCUUUGCUUGUUGGGACAACAGAGGAGGAGAGACCCAUCGCUCCAGGAGAAUUGUGCCAGCUCCCAGCAGGAACACAGAAGGACUGGGCAGAGAAAUAGUGGCACCUGCCAGGCAAUGGCUGCAGAAGCAUCAGGGCUGAAGAUAUUUAUCACCUGAUAUGCAACCUGGCUCAGCAGGAGACCACAGGGAGUAUCACACACUGGAGCAGGGCUGAAAUGUCGGGACAGGAAUUAUAGAGGCAGAGAAGAAAAGGCAAGAAGGAAAGCCACAAAAGUGCCAGGAAGGAGGAGGGGAGCUGAAGGCGUGUCACAGGCCUAAAACGUUCACCUUGAUGGGCCAUGACAGGUUUAAUUUCCAGAGUACAAUCAUUAAAGUGAUGGAUGGGAGGCGUUCAUCUCGCGCCUGGUGCACUCAGGCCCACCGUGGCUGCAGGAGGGUUUGUUUUGUUGCUGUUAUUUAUGAGGUUGUUUCUGGAGGAGCCAGGCACUCGUCCAGAGCUAGGGGGACAAAGGAGGGGACGCAACUGAUGCUGGAAGAGUUAGAGUGCUGAUUUACAGCUGGGCUGCUUAGCUGGAUGACUCAUUUGUAAACAUCGACAAAUGCCAUUAAAGCUGCAUCUCCUUCCUGCCUCUGCCCUGUGCUGUUUGAUGUGGCCAGCCUAAAUCUCCACCAUAGCACUGCCUGUGCACCCGGGGGCACUCUCUGUCUUUCCCCACUGGAAAAAUGCAGGUCCUGUCUCCUUGAGGGUCACCCAAGGCACUGGGAAGAUGUAGGACUGUCCCAUAGUGAUGGUUGGUGGUGGAGCUCCAUGGAAAUGAUACCUGAUGGGCUC